GAAAGCCGGAGCGUGAUGUAUGAUCACGUGGAGUGGGGCCCAGUCUCUCACGGUGUGGAAUUCCCCGGAUAGAACGACGUGCGUAAGAGCUACCCCGGAGGCCUUCGCGGGUGCGUACAAUGGAACGUAUAAUUCGCUAAGCCAAUCUUACUUGCUUGUACGGCGAGCCCUUUGAUCUCCCUACCGCAAGAGCCAGUUCCGCUCAUUCACCGCUGCGCAUGUCGGUCAAACGUUGUUCCGCCGAACCAUCAGAACACUAACACAACACCUUCCUAGAUGUCUACCUCGUCUUCUACACGGUCGGCAAGCACAGCCCACUUUCAAGAUGGUGCCCUCUUUUGAGGAGUAAGUCCGCCGUUUCGGAGAGCCGCAUUGUCUUCUAACACUCCUAGAAUCCUCUCAAGCCCACAAUUUAUCUUCCUCGUGGGCGCAGAGAUGGAGCCAGUCGCCGCCCACGCCAGGGCAAUCGCCGCCUUGUCUCUGUAUUUCGACCGACUCAUAAACGGACCCAUGAGAGAAGCUGAAGAACGCAUAGCUGAGCUCCCGGAUGUGGAGAAAGAGGACUUUAUGCGAGUGUGCGAAUUCGCCUAUCGAGGAGACUACACCGUGCCGCCGAUGGCGGAGUACAGGGACCUCUACGGCGAAGAUGAUCUCGAUUCCGGCUGCGAUUUCGGCUGCGAUUCCGACUCUAGCAGUAGCGACGACGAUCCGGAUUCGGACAAUGUAGCUCCAAGCGACGGAAACGACUCUCAGGCGAGCAGCUAUACUUCGACCAAAGAUCCGGCUCAAGAAUUUCCAGGAUUGGACGAGGUGGAAAUAGAGCAGACGGUCGCAGAGCUGGAAGUGCUAGAACUCGAGGAGCGAACGCGAGAGGCAGCGUACGAGCAGGACAGCCAGCGCAGACUAGCUCUAGAAGAGAGGAAAAGAGACGAGAAAGGAGUCCCGCUAACCAAGCGUUUCUUUCGGCGACCUUACCUCCUCUGUCAACAGCCACGGGCGAUUAUCAACAGAGGCUUCUGCAACGACUACAACCCUAAAUGCCGGCUCAGCUUUGCUCCCGUCCUCCUCGCACACGCCAAGCUGUACAGCAUUGCUGAUCGAUACAUUAUACUAGCCCUCAAAGACCUUGCGCUACACAAGCUCCACAAGGACCUCAUGAACUUCCAUUUCAGCCCGCAGAGGGCAGAGCGCACUAGGGAUAUUGUUGAGUUAGCGCGAUUUGCGUAUUCCAAUGACAACACCAUGGAUCGCGGCGACGACGGCCAUCUCGAUGAUCUGAGGGAACUUGUCGUUGAGUUCAUGGUCCUUCAGAUACACAUUAUGGAGAAGUCUGGUGAAUUCGAGGAGUUGCUGGAGGAGGGUGGACAGUUUGUUCUGGACUUUUGGCGCUUGGAGAGGAAGGAGAGGAUGAUGCAAGAAGAGAAGAAUCAGCCGGCUAAGGUACGGAAAAGGGACUUAGCUCCGUUGCUGUAGGUUCCCUUUUUAGUAAGAAAACUUGGGCGCAGCGGACGAAAUGCAGGCUGAAGCAGGUUAAGAGGGGUUUCAUGUAAUCAAAUGCAAAAGCUCCUUUCCUUCAACAUAGCGCUCAAGAUUCUCUGCCGUCUCUUCGUACCAAGUCUGCAAAGUACCCUCUUCAACAUACCCCAUAUGCGGCGUCAAGAGCACCCUACUCUUGCCUUUCUCAUCCCAGUUCUCAGCUCGCCAUGGACUGUCCGCUGGCAAAGGCUCGAUGU